AGACAGAUUUAAGUGAAACUAGUGUAAAAAGAGUCUUCUGGGGAAGUUGGGAAGUCUUGGGAAGACCAGAAUCUUGAAAUGGGAUUUGUAACAUCCGCAAGUUUCUGGUGGCCCGUCCGUCCUGUGGGUUUGUGUGCAGGAGCUGUGUGUAUCCUGUUGGGUGCCAGUGGAGGCCACAGUCACUGCAGUUGCUGAGCAGUCAGUAACCUCAGCAGUUUCACUUCCUCAAGACCACCCUUUCUAGGCGAGGUGAACGUUCGGCAGGCUGUACAAGGAAAAGGUUGGGUCACUGAGACAGUUCUACAGAAAGCCAGAGGGACAAAACCAGGGUGCAGGGGAGCUGAGGGAAAUUAGAGAGGCUGUAAUUUAACAAAAGGACGGGAACGUUUCCAGGAAGGGUGAGAAAGGAAGAAAUCAAAAGUAAAACUAAUAAAGACAGAACGGUACCGGAAGGGGUUGUCCUUUAAAGUGCUGUAUGAAGGGAGAGGACACUACCAAGUAUUUGUCACACAGUGCAGAUCACGGCAUAGUGGCUCUUUCAGACUGCAGCUGAACUCUUGAUUCAGGUAAGACACAGAAGAGCUAAUCCAGGGAAAGGUUUGCUGAGACUUGAGAUGACAUGGAGACAGAAAUAUUUUGGACCUGAAGAUGAAAUCAUACUUGUGGUGGCACUUUGGGUAAAGGCAUAACUUGAACCAGUGAAACAAGUCGGAUGGGUUUUCUGAUCUGUUACCGCCCUAAGCCUUUUGGAAGGAAUUUGUGUGCCUCAUUCUAUCAAAAGGUAUGUUAUAAUUUUGAAUUUGUAAGGGUGGAUAGGUUGAAGUCAAUGAAUGACUGUUUUCAUUGCAAAAUUUUAACAAAUUCCUAGUCUCCUAAUUGUCUCUCUUCAUAAUGCUGACUUCACAAUUUUCUGGGAGCCUGGUAGCUGUUCACCUAUUUCCUGCUGCAUGGUGACUAGCAUGCUGGGAACCUUUCCACUUCAGAAGAUCCAAAUCCUGAUGUGAAAUGAAUACAGACUUCCACAAACUCCUUUUUGAGGUGUCCGAGGCUUUGGUCACAGAUGAACUGGCAGCACUGAAGUUCCUCAGCCUGGAUCAUGUUCCCAUGAGGAAGCUGGAAGCCAUUCAGGAACCCAAGGCCUUCUUCGAAGUGCUGCAGGAGAAGGACAUGAUCGAGGCAGGGGACCUGGCCUUUCUGCGGGAGCUGCUCUACCGCAUCGGCAGGAUCGACCUCCUGGCUGCCCACCUGGGUUCCAGCCGGGAGCAGAUGGAGAGAGACCUGCAGGUCCAAGGCAGGGCAAAGGUGUCAGCUUACAGGCAACUGCUAUAUGGAAUUGCAGAGGACUUGACUCCAGAAGAUGUCAAAAGUGUGAAGUUCCUGCUCCAAAAGCAAUUACCUAAGAACAAGCUCCAGGAUAAUGCUUCAAUGUUGCAGGUUUUUCUGGAAAUGGAAAGAAAUAGGAUAAUUAAAGAAGAUGACCUGACAAUGCUGAAAGAUAUAUUAAAGGCAUUUAGAGCUGACAUAAAGAAAAAAAUUGAUAUCUAUGAAGAAAAAAAGAAAGAAGAACUCCGCUAUCCUGUGCCUGUCUCUGUGCAUCCAGGGGAACAAGGAGCAGAGGGGAAGACAACAAACCUGCCUGUGGAAACAUAUAAGAUGAAAAAUAUCCCCCAUGGUUACUGUGUGAUCCUUAACAACUACAUUUUCAACAAUCCCAAAUACAACAGAAAAGGAACAGUGAAAGAUGGAGAGGCUGUGAAGAGGGUCUUUCAGUGGCUUCAGUUUGAGACAGUUGAGCACAUGGAUCUGGAAGCAAAAGAAAUAUAUGAGAAAGUUAAAGAAUACAGCAAAAGAGAUCACAGAAACAUGGACUGCUUUGUUUGCUUCAUUUUUUCCCACGGUGAAAAACAGAAGAUAAAAGGCAUUGAUGAUGAGUUUGUAAAUAUUAAAGAUUUAGUCUCCUGUUUCAGUGGAUCUAAUUGUCCUUCUCUUGCUGGCAAACCCAAGGUGUUUUUCAUCCAGGCUUGCCAAGGCUCUGUUGGACAUCCAGCUGUUGCAGUAGAAGCAGAUUUUUCUGGACAUCUUGAGACAGAUGCUACCCCUCCAACUUCCAUUCCUGAUCUGGCUGAUAUUCUGAUUGGCAUGUCUACAGUGGAAGAUUAUUUGUCCUUCCGCAGGACUGAGUCUGGCAGUGUUUACAUUCAGUGCCUCUGUGAUAAGAUGGAGUUGCUCUGCCCUCAGGGCGUCGAUCUCCUAACCAUCCUGACAACGGUGAACGAGGAAGUGGGAGGAAAAGAAUUUAAAGUAUGGGAUCAGAUGCCAGGAGGAAAAUUGGAGAAGCAGAUGCCACAGAUAAUAACAACACUACGGAAGCAAUUGAUCUUCGAAAUUCCACAAGGACAGCCGAUUAAAGAGUAGAAAAAUAAGAAUGCAAUUAGUUUAGGAAUCACAUCUGGAGUGGGCUUCCACUGGAAAGAGACUUCACAUGAGAAGUUAUCUGGAGUUAGCCCCAGUCCUUUAAGGACCCAUAGGACCUAAAUUUUAACAUUUCCAUAUUUAAUCAGUCUUCCGACACCCGGAUCUGUGGCAGUCAGGUGAGGCUGUGGAUGAGUACAGAUCUGGCUUUUUGUGCUGCAGAACGGUGCAGUAUGUUCGGUCUGGGUUUCAGGUGAGGAAGCAUGUGUAGGGUUGUAACUGCCUUACACAGAGCUGAAUCAUUGUCUAUGUUUGGAAGUUAUAAUUUUUCAUGGAAAAAUAACAUCUUGAUCCAGAAGAAUCAAAGAAGACGUGAUUAUGAUAAUACAAGUUUGGUUCUUUUUCUCCAAAUAUUUAGUUUGUUUUAUGCUAUUAAUUUACUUGGCUAAACAGCAUUAUGGUGUAAGCUUUUUAAUAGUAAGGGUUCUAAUUGAAUUUUUUCUCAGCGCUCUCAGGGGACAGUGUGUCAUGAAUGGCUGUGGAACACUGGAAGGAGAUUCUUUGUACUGUUGUUUCUGUUGUAAUAAAUUGUCUUGUUUUUUA